AUGUCAUCAUCUUCAUCAUCCGAUUCGACGGUAGUAGAGGAGGCUAAGUUUAUCGGUUCCGUCAUGGCGAAAACGGUUGCAUACUAUCAAAACCGACUUGGUAAAACAUCACGUGCACGACCUAACCUAAGAAAGUUGCCGUUACAUAGAAAUCACGAAGCCGGACACGAUCGUCUUAUAGAAGAUUAUUUUGCAGAUGACGCCGUCUACGCUGUAAAGUUUCGACGUCGGUUCCGGAUGAGGAAGGAACUAUUUUUACGUAUUGUUGGCGAUUUGGAAGGCCGUUUUCCAUAUUUCCAAUGGAAAAUGGAUGCAAGGGGAAAAAAAGGUUUCUCUCCCAUUCAAAAAUGCACAACUCCAAUUCGUCAGCUAGCACACGGCAUGGGCGCAGACAAAUGGGACGAGUAUUUUAGAAUGUCAGAGCGUACCGUGAGGGACUCUGUGUACAAGUUCUGCAAAGCGAUCUGUUUGGUUUACGGGCAACGAUAUUUUUGCAAACAAACUAUCAACGAUAUCCACCAAUUGUAUACGGUGCAUGAAGGCAAACAUGGAUUCCCUGGAAUUCGAGGACGAAGACGAUGA